AUGAGCUUGGAAUCUGGCGAGGUGGUUUCUCUAAGUUUUUUUGGGUGUUGUAGUUCUUUAAUGGCGGAGAUUUGGAGCAUCUUUGUUGGGCUUAAGCUAGUGGAUACUCUAGGCUACGUGAAGGUGGAAGUUGAGACGGACUCCAAAACUGUUGUUGACAGUGUCAUGCAAAGAGACAACAAGAAGCUGGUAACUUGUAAUCUGGUGCUUCAAAUCAGAAGUUUGAUGGCUAAAUUUGAAGUGGUUGAGCUUCAUCACAACUUUAGGGAAACUAAUAAGUGUGUCAACAUACUUGCUAAGGAAGGGAAGAGUUUGAAGGGAGACACUAUCUUUUAUCAGGAAAUCCCAAGAUGGCUAGUGCAUCUUGUGGAGAGGGAUACUAGUGGAGAGUAUUCCACUAGAAUAGUUGUUUUGUAG